UUAACACAUCACACUAUCAUCAUAUAUCAAAUGGCUCUCCUUCCCGCCAUCGGAAUCCCUUCGCCGGCGCCACCGCAACAGACACCUUUCAUCUCUCGCAAUAACCACGCCAAUCCCAAGACUCAUCACCUUAAUCAAUCCACCCCCGAAACCACCGUCUCAUGGACUUCUCGCAUCACUCUCCUCUCGCGCAACGGUCGACUAGCCGACGCAGCGAAGGAGUUCUCCGCCAUGAGACUCGCCGGCGUCGAGCCUAACCACAUCACUCUCAUCGCUCUACUCUCUGGAUGUUCUGAUUGUGAACCCUUGGGCGAUUCGCUUCACGGGUACGCUUGUAAACUCGGCCUCGAUAGAAACCACGUCAUGGUCGGCACGGCGAUUCUCGGCAUGUACUCCAAACGCCGUCGUUUCAGGAAGGCUAGGCUUGUUUUCGAUCACAUGGGAGACAGAAAUUCGGUUACUUGGAACACAAUGAUCGACGGGUACAUGAGGAGCGGUCGAGUCGACGACGCCGCGAAGCUGUUCGACGAAAUGCCUGAAAGAGAUUUGAUUUCUUGGACGGCUAUGAUAAACGGGUUUGUUAAGAAAGGUUUAAACGAGGAAGCUCUGGCGUGGUUCCGUGAGAUGCAAGUUUCUGGAGUGGAGCCGGAUUACGUUGCUAUCAUCGCUGCUCUCGCCGCUUGCACAAAUCUUGGUGCUUUGUCUUUUGGGUUAUGGGUGCAUCGUUAUGUCGUGAGUCAGGAUUUUAAGAACAAUGUUAGGGUUAGUAACUCGCUGAUUGAUUUGUAUUGUCGGUGCGGGUGUGUGGAGUUUGCUCGACAAGUUUUUGAUAAGAUGGAGAAACGAACCGUGGUUUCGUGGAACUCGGUUAUUGUUGGUUUUGCUGCUAACGGGCAUGCGCAUGAGUCUUUGGUGUACUUCAGAAAAAUGCAAGAAGAGAGGUUUAAGCCUGAUGCGGUCACUUUCACCGGAGCGCUAACCGCUUGUAGCCAUGUAGGUUUAGUCGAAGAAGGUGUUCGGUAUUUUGAAGCUAUGAAAAGGGAUUACAGAAUCUCACCUCGGAUUGAACACUAUGGAUGCUUAGUUGAUUUGUAUAGCCGAGCUGGGAGAUUCGAAGACGCUCUGAAGGUGGUAGAGAGCAUGCCGAUGAAGCCUAAUGAAGUUGUGAUUGGCUCGUUGCUUGCAGCCUGCAGGACUCAUGGGAACGAUACGGAGCUAGCGGAGAGGAUGAUGAAGCAUCUUAGCGAGCUUAAAGUGAAAAGCCAUUCGAACUACGUGAUUCUUUCGAACAUGUAUGCCGCUGAUGGAAAAUGGGAAGGAGCAAGUAAGAUGAGAAGAAAGAUGAAAGGUCUUGGUCUAAAGAAGCAGCCUGGGUUUAGUUCGAUAGAGAUUGAUGAUCGAACGCAUGUGUUCAUGGCUGGUGACAGUGCCCAUGUCGAGACCGCUUAUAUCCGAGAGGUUGUAGAGCUUAUUUCUUCUGAUUCGCGAUUACAAGGCAGUGUAGUUGAACUUUCAACCCUUGCUGGGAUCACAUAGGUGACUAAAUCCAGGGACUUUCGCCAACCCCAGCUAUAUGCAGUAACCUUGUUGUCAAAGCCACUAACUAGCCAGUGCCGGUCCUAAUAUACUUGUGGCGCCUAAACCCCACUAAAAUUAUAAGUAAUGCUCUUAAUAAGAAUUUUUUUUUUAAC